GGGCACACGGCGGCAGCGGAGCGGGUGCGAGAGCGAGUGCGCGGCGGAGGCGCUUCGGGUCCGUUUGCCGGUGACUCCCGCGGGGCAGGUUCACAAUGUCUGACAGAAAGGCUGUGAUCAAGAAUGCAGACAUGUCUGAGGACAUGCAGCAGGAUGCUGUAGACUGUGCUACACAGGCAAUGGAGAAGUACAACAUAGAGAAAGACAUUGCAGCAUAUAUAAAGAAGGAAUUUGACAAGAAAUACAACCCUACUUGGCACUGCAUUGUUGGCAGAAAUUUUGGCAGCUAUGUAACACAUGAGACAAAGCACUUCAUCUAUUUUUACUUGGGUCAGGUUGCAAUUCUUCUGUUCAAGUCUGGAUAGGAAGUCGGAGCAAGUGAAAUUUGGACUGUAAUGCACUGAUGGCUGAAGCCAAGAUUCCCUUUAACAUGGCUGUGCCGCUGCAUGGACUGUAUACUAUAUUUAAUGUGUAUAUGUUGCAGUAAAAUCUACUUCUGUUUAGUUGCCUGGGAAGAAGGCGGCAUUUUUUUGUUACUGCUUUUUUUUUUUUUUGAUUUUUUUUUUUUUU